GAGUUGAAGAUUGUCACUCCAUCCAAGCUAUGAACUGUGCUUGUGAACAUCAAUUUAUAAGAAGGACGGUCAUUACCGUUAAGAUCAUUUGGUGAGUUACAAUUACGGCGGGAAAUCAAUGGCUAACAACACCACCAACAGCAGUUAUAAUGACGCAAGACAUGGGACCCAGUUUUCCCUUUCUACGUCCAAAUGUAUACCGUGGUUUGUUGGGAUUGCUAUUGAAUGUCUAGCCAUGGUCAUCCUUAAUAUCAUUACUAUUAUCGUCUUUGCGAAGAAGCACCAGUUGAGGCGCCGAAGUACAUACUUAAUUAUUCAUCUAUCGAUGGUCGAUUUCUUAGUAGGGGCAGUCUCAGGGCCUCUAAUUAUGUACAUGAUAGGGAGUUUCUGUAAUCUGUGGAAGUAUGACCACAUGGUAGUUCUCCAACAAGUAUCAAAACAAAUUCCCCUAAACUCGUCUCUCGUAAAUCUUACUGCCAUCUCAUUAGAGCGGAUGCAUGCGACAUUUUGUCCAUUCAAACAUAGAUUGAUUAAGAAAUGGUUUUAUGGAGUUUUAAUUACUGUAACUUGGUUAACAUCCACGGUCGCCACGUUAGCCGUAGGAGGUGAUUUAAUCAAUGAUUUCAGUGCCGGCUUUCUUCUCACUGCAAUUUCUGUUUCUUACAUUUCUAUUUUUAUCAAAAUGCGCUUGAGUCGUCAUCCCCAAUAUCAUGGCGCAGUAGGUGUGAGGGAAAGAAAACUUACGAAUACAUUAUUUAUUGUUACUCUUUCAUCUUUAAUCACUUGGCUUCCAUCGGUAAUACAUCUGAGUAUUUGGACUUUCCAUCCCUUCUUAUUCGAACACCUAUCCCGGGAAACAUAUUUUGCCUAUCAGAAUACAGUUGCGGUAUUAGUAUUAGCCAACUCCCUAAUAAAUCCUAUAAUAUACGCCAUGCGGAUGCACGAGUUAAGACAAGGAAUAAAACAAAUUAUCUUCCGCAGGACUCCAAACCCCUCAAAGGUAAUGGAUUUACCACUGAAAUCUUAUUUACCGCGAAAUCUUUAGUCUAUUGAUUUCUCGCUGAUUAAUAUCUAACUUCUCCGUACAAUAUCAAGCCAAUGGCUGGUGACAGUCGUCAAACAUACCAGCUAGAAAUUUAAUCAAAUUCGUGUGAAAGGGGAGGAGAAGCGCAAUUCACUUGUUUUCAAAGUUGAUUUUAAAACAGGGUUUUAACAUUUAAAAGUAACUUCAGAUUCACAGCAGCUCAAAGGUUUUUUACCCUAAGGUUGAGUGGCAUAAUCAUGAUAUAUUGCAACUGUGUCCCUCAGUGUUAUACUACAUGUUCAUAAUUUUUGUAAUUAUCUGUUAGAAGUAAGACAUUG